AUGUCGUUACAACUCAAAAAAUCUUACCAUCCCGCCCUCCUCCGAAAUCAGCGACGUGUUUACGAGGAGGAGCAAAAGGCUUUAGAAGAGCGCAAGAAGACCGAAGCUCGCAUCCAAGAGAUUAAGGAAGAACGCGCCAAAGAAGAACUCCAAAAGCAACUUGCUAUCUCCGGAGGCCGUAAAGUUGUUGAUCGCGUCGAUUGGAUGUAUCAGGGCCCUAGCGAUGGCCAAAACGGUACUUCUGAAGAGCUCGAGGGCUACCUGCUUGGAAAGCGACGCAUCGAUAACAUUCUAACUAAGGGGUCCGAUCAUGAAAAUCUCAAGAAGACUGCGGGCCCAGAGAGUUUCAUGGCCCUACAGAAUGCGAAUACAGAAAGAGAUACCGCGUUAAAAAUUCGAGAAGAUCCUCUUUUAGCCAUUAAGAAGCAAGAACAGGCGGCAUACGAAGCCAUGAUGAACGAUCCCAUUAAGAGAAGACAGCUACUCGCAUCCAUGGGACAAGCAGAUGAAAAGAAUUCAUCACACAAGAAGGAGGAGAAGCACUCGAGACGGCAUAGGCAUAGAUCGCAUUCUAGAGAACAUCGCCACCGCCGACAUCAUCGAUCCGACUCGAGAGAAAGAGAUGAAUCAAGGGAACGGCGACACAGGCGUCGCCGGGCUGAUUCGAGAGAUAGGUCCGAAAGUAGAGAUCGUCACAGCUUAAGGAAAGAGAAAGAACGUUAUGCCGAGCGACCUAAGCGGAGGGAAUCGGACUCCAGGGAUGAACACCGAGAUAAUGAUAGAUUGGGCAGAGAUCGAUCAAGAAGCCCGCGUCGUAGUGAUACCAAGGACGAUGGAUAUCGCCGACGCCAUGAAUAUUCUAGGGAGCGACCGCGAGAACGGCAACGGCAUUCGAACGAUCAGAAUGAUGCCGCAGAAGAGCGAGCUCGCAAGCUCGCAGCUAUGCAAGAAGCAGCAUCUGAACUCGAUCAAGACCGGGAGAAGCGCUUAGCAGCACUCGCAGAAAAGGAGCGCCAAGAACGAGAAGCUGAUGACAAAGCGCGGGAGAAGUCUGGAAAAUAUGGAGAUAGGGAAUUCGUGAACGGUUUACGGAGACAAGUUAUCUCUUGA